GACCCCAGCACAACGACUCUGCUUCAAAACACACCUGCACAGAGCAGCCAAGAAAGCAGAGCAAGCAAGAAACUCCCAAGCAAGUUCCUAGCAGCUUUGCAGCUCAGCCCUCAGCUGCUCACCAAUCAUGGCGGAAGCUCUUUCUGCACCGGGGGCAUUCGGGCCGGAGCAGAUGACGCUGAGCACGGAGCUGCUGCAAGCGCUGACCGCCGGCGACAAGGUUCGGUUGGUCGACAUGCUUAGCGACGAUGCGCGGACUGCAAGCCACGUCGCUAUAGAAGUCAACGGUGCUGGCGCGUCGCCGGGCGCCGUUUCGCCGCCGCGGGUGGGAACGAGCUGCCGCCUCCUCGGCGUGGCGAGCAACGGCAACACGGCGCUGCACCUUGUCGCCAGCCGCGGCCACGCCGAGCUCGCGGCGCUCAUCUGCGAGAAGGCGCCCUCGCUCGUCGCCGCGCGGAACAUGUGCCUCGACACGCCGCUGCACUGCGCCGCGAGGGCCGGGCACCGUGAGGUGGCGGAGUGCCUCCUGUCGGCGAUGCGCGCCGGCGGAGCGGAGGAGGCCGCGGCGCUGCGGGCCAGGAACCGGCAGGGCGCCACCUCCUUGUACGAAGCCGUCCGGCACGGCUGUGCCGGGGUUGUGGACGCCUUCAUGACUGCGUCGCCCGAGCUAGCCUCGGUGACAAACGAUGAUGGUGUCUCGGUGCUGUACUUGGCGGUGACCCUAGAAUCGCGUCGGAUGGUGAGGGCGCUGCUACGCCGGUCACCUGACGGUGCACCGUCCCCAGCGUCAUUUACUGGACCGGAGGGUCGAACAGCUAUGCAUGUCGCGGCUGCCUGCUGCAAAGAAGUGGUAAUGGACAUAUUGGCCUGGAAGCCAGAGGGUCCAACCUUGCUGACAAAAGUUGAUUCGUCGGGGAAAAGCCCGCUCCAUUUCGCUGUACUGCAUUACAACCUCGAUGCUGUCGAGCUACUCCUAAAUGUUGAAGCUUCCCUGGUUCGAAUCUCUGACAAGGAUGGUUUAUAUCCGCUGCAUGCUGCUGCUAUGGUUGGGUCGACAAGGAUUAUCGAUGAGCUCAUAACAAAAUGUCACGACUACUACGAAAUGGUUGAUGAUAAAGGAAGAAACUUUCUACACUGUGCUGUUGAGCAUGCCCGUGACAAGGUGGUUGACCACAUUUGCCGAAAUGACAAGUUCGACAUGCUGUUGAAUGCGACCGACGACGAAGGAAAUACCCCACUACAUUUAGCUGUCAAACAUGGUCAUCCACGAAUAGUCACUUUAUUACUGCAGACAAUGAGUGUCAAAACAUGCAUUAUCAAUAAGAAUGGACUGACUGUUCUUGAUCUUGCUCACGAGGAGGUGCUCUCUGGUUCAAACUACUUCCUGGAUCCACAUAUGAUCGUGUUCAAUUGUUUGUGCUCGUCGGAACCAAACUUAUACACUGUCGAAGGAAUUCAGCUUCUUCGUGUGAAGGACCGCCCCGCUACUGAGACUGAAGCAUCGAUGAAAGAAGAUGGCAUGACCAAAACAGGAACCAUUGCAUCUGUUCUGAUCGCCACCGUGGCGUUUGCGGCAGCUUUCACUGUGCCGGGGGGGUUUAUCGCCGAUGAUCACCCCAACGCAGGUACAGCCAUACUGGCAAGAAAAUUUGCAUUCAGGGCAUUUGUCGUUUCAGACACCAUGGCCUUUGUCUGCUCCAUCGUAGCAACCUCCUUCCACAUCUAUGGUGGUGCAUGGGAGAUACCACCCAACCAUCGGAGUCGCUACAACAGACUGGCAUCUGGGCUGGUGCCAGUGGGGGUGCAGUUCAUGGUUGCGGCCUUCGCAUUCGGGCUUCACCUCGUGCUAGGUGCAGCCGAUCUGGGGCUCAUAAUCCUCGUGUACAUUGUGUCUUCAGCUUCAGUCCUUUUCUGCUUCCCAAGCAUCUGGGUCCCUCUACAUCUUGGGGUUGGAAAAGCGAUAUGGAGGCGAGCUGGAUGGAGAGGGCUUGCAGACAUGCACUACAGCCCAUCAAAUCUGCGGGACCUCUUCGAUUGUUUCAUCUAUAGCUUUCUGUUCCAAAAUAUUAGGAGGCCGUUUUUUGCAGUACUCAUAUGUGCCAUGUUCAUCGUCGCCAUCGUGUUGGAGAUAACUUUGCCAAACUACUAAGGGUCCUCAAUUAAUUUA